AUGGCAGACCCUCUUAGCAUUACAGCAUCGAUUGUCGGCAUAGUUGCUGCCGCAUCCAAAGUAUUGAGCCUCCUUGGUGAUAUAACCGAUGCGCCAAGAUCCAUCGCCGACCUGCUGAAUGAAGUGUACGAUCUCCGGCUCAUCUUCUGCAAUCUUCAAUCAUUCAUUGACCGAACGCGACAAUUCGACCCAAGCCGACUAGCCCUUAUACAGCUUGGCGACCUCGUCGCUAUUCUCACCCGUACAGUCAUAGCCUUCUCUAAACUCGAAUCUAUUGUGCGACCGCUUUGUGACCGAGAGAAGCUGUCAACAUGGCAACUUCUGAGCUGGAGAUGGCAGCAAACUGCAGCCCUGCGAGUUUUGACUCAGCUUCAGCGACACAAGAUAUCACUCUCCCUGAUGCUCCAGAUAUACCAAUGUGUGACUGACCUUGAGGCACGCCAGAAAGCUGGUGCACUCCGUGAUCAUCUUGAACAGGAACUGGAUGAUAACCAGGGCUUAGCUGACAGAUUGGCUGGCAUGAAAUUGUCACCAGAGCUCGAGGAGAUGAGCACGGCGGUUUUCGACAUGAAUGAUGCAUCAAGUGCUCUUCAAACUCCCGGAGACAGACAGGACCCGACUACUGCCGAUCUUGAGCUGGCCAAGACUGGUGCGAUUAACACCGACCUCCCACUAAACACACCUCCAGAUCAGGCAUCGACCAAUGAAAGCGAAGAUGACGAUGACAUGACAGACUCCGAGUUCCAGCUAUCAAGAGCCUUCGAAGUUGUUCUGUUCCGAACCUGGGUAUAUCGUCGAAACGAAAGGGAGAUUGUAGACGGGGUCAGCACCAUCAACACCACGAGAUCGCAGGCAUGGUCGAUACUAUCCGGUAUUACACUGUCCAAAAUGUCAACGCUCUCGAUCGUCAACCUGCCACUGACGCAGCCGGAGGUUGAAAGAUUCACAAGCCUUGCAAGCAGAUCACUUGAACUUCGAAAGCCCGUCCCUCCUACCAGGCCAUCGAGAGUUGAUAUAGCGAUUGACCCACGGCUUGUAAAAGAGCUGGAAGCUUUCCCAAAACGCAGCCCAGCCUUUUGUGAAAUAAUCCCCCCGAGGGGUUAUUGGAGGGGUUAUUUGGAUGCGACUAUCGUGGGGCCGACAGUCCCUACGCUGGGGGUGUGUUCAUCUUCAGCCUGCGCUUCCCGAUCGAUUACCCUUUGA